ACUCGUUCACACAAAUCCAACGACCGUGAGCACCAGGCCGAAGGCGUGACCGGUACCCGUGACAAUAUACCACGCUACUUUGCAAAGUCCGGUCCAACUGACGCUGAUCCUCGCAAGACAAAGAAGGACGGAGGUGGCAAAGGCAAUUGGGGCCGAUCGGGUGACGAAAUGCAGGACACUGACUACUCCUUCGCCAAUGCUAGGCGUCAUUCCAACAGUAGCACCCAGGGUCUAGCCGACUUCAAUACCAAGUUCGAGGCUUUUGAACCAGAGCCUGUCUUUGAGGAAGAGGACAUUGGUGACAUGGCUGUUGGAAAUGGUAAUGCCGUGACCAAGGUCGAAAGUGCCAGUAGCAAUGGUAGCGCGGCUGAUCGUGAUGGAAGAAAGUAUUAG